CCUCAGGUGAUCUGCCCACCUCGGCCUCCCAAAGUGCUGGAAUUACAAGCGUGAACCACUGUGCCUGGCCAAAGGUUCAAGCUUUUAAGUCCAAAUGGAAUCCAGUGAUUAGAUUGAAGCAGAAGUUUAAACUAUACUUGGGCAUCACUUGCCCUUAUUGGCUCACCAGUGAUUGUAACUGAUACAGUCAUGUGGUAAAAGAUUCAUUCAUUAAUUCAGCAAACAAAUCAUAAGUGCUUAUUGUGUGUCUGGCACCAGACAUUGAUUUUAUAUUAACUAUUAGUUUCCAUGUUACUUUACCUUAAAAUGGGUCAGUAGAUGAGAAACUUUGCUGAGGAUACACACUCUUCAGAAAAGGUCUAACUUAGGGAGGUGUUUCAAAUAAGAUUAAUUUCCCAAAUUUCAACAAAACUGUCCAGGAACAUCAUACAAAGUAUCUACCCUACACUUUUAUUCCAAUCAUUGAAUCCUUUAGAGAGAUUCCAAAGAUUAUGUUUCACUGAGACUGAUUUUAUUUGUUAAUGCCAAUUUUGGGAUUCAAUAAAUAUAGAUUAGAAAUCUGGAAGGGCACUACAGGAUUGGAGACUAGAUUGGUUUCUAGCUAGACACUCCCAUCUUUGCAGUUUCAGGGUCUUUCCCAAGAAAUAAAAGCAGCAUUUUUAAGAAUGCCAAGACUGGAUGUAGACCCAGCUGCCAUUGCCAGCUAGUCUGAAAAAAUAUCAAAUUAGCCGCCCCUCAGGGCUGGGGGCAGUCUUUAGGUUUAAAGCAUAAAUUAUGUCAUAGACAGUCAAUACUUGAAUUUAGAAUCCAUUUGUAAAGAACUGUCAGCUUGAGUGUAUUAAGGCGAAAAAGUAACUUCUGAAGCACAAGCUUGAUAUUUGUUGCUGAGGCUCUGAAUCCUUUUGGAGUACCAAGACAUUUAGCAAGUGGUGGCAUUAUUUUUUCAGGGAAAAUAAUGGUGUUCCAUUCUUAGGGUCAUAGAUGACUAAAAAAAGAAAGUUCCAAGGCUGAUAAGAAAGAUCAGCUAUAGAUUUGGACAUAGCUGAAUAUCCCUCUCACAGAUUGGCAUAGCUCCAUGUAAAAGGUCUGCCCAGUGCCCAAAGCCUGUGUGUUGAGGUGGGGCAAGAAGUUGGCUUUGCUGACAUUGCGCUUCUCCUUGCUGUAAUUUCAGACCCGGAUGCAGAGUCUACAGCCUGACCCAGCUGCCCGCUAUCGCAAUGUGUUGGAGGCCCUCUGGCGGAUUAUAAGAACGGAGGGCCUAUGGAGGCCCAUGCGGGGGCUGAACGUCACAGCAACAGGCGCAGGGCCUGCCCACGCCCUUUAUUUUGCCUGCUACGAAAAGUUAAAAAAGACAUUGAGUGAUGUAAUCCACCCUGGGGGCAAUAGCCAUAUUGCCAAUGGUAUUGAGCCUUCCUGUGCUGGUUCCCCCACUUUCCCAACUCUUUGGGCUUUGCUGCUGUCAGUGCUUUCCAGUCUCAGCAUGGUUUGGAGCUGAAGUUUUGGGCUGGGAUAGGCCAGAUUAUAAGGGAGGGACUUCCAAACCUAAUGUUCUCAGACAACGGGCCGCUUCGACCCCACUUUUUCCUUUGGGGCACCUCAACAAAGGGUUACAGUAUCAUCUUCCCUUACCUACCAGCUUGACUUGUUCCUCUCAUCUUCUCCCUGGCAUCAACUUCCAAUGCCCUGGUGCAGCCGGGUGUGUGGCAACAUUACUUCAUGAUGCAGCCAUGAACCCUGCGGAAGUCGUCAAGCAGAGGAUGCAGAUGUACAACUCACCAUACCACCGGGUGACAGACUGUGUACGGGCAGUGUGGCAAAAUGAAGGGGCCGGGGCCUUUUACCGCAGCUACACCACCCAGCUGACCAUGAACGUUCCCUUCCAAGCCAUUCACUUCAUGACCUAUGAAUUCCUGCAGGAGCACUUUAACCCCCAGAGACGGUACAACCCAAGCUCCCACGUCCUCUCUGGAGCUUGCGCAGGAGCUGUAGCUGCCGCAGCCACAACCCCACUGGACGUUUGCAAAACACUGCUCAACACCCAGGAGUCCUUGGCUUUGAACUCACACAUUACAGGACAUAUCACAGGCAUGGCUAGUGCCUUCAGGACGGUAUAUCAAGUAGGUGGGGUGACCGCCUACUUCCGAGGGGUGCAGGCUAGAGUAAUUUACCAGAUCCCCUCCACAGCCAUCGCGUGGUCUGUGUAUGAGUUCUUCAAAUACCUAAUCACUAAACGGCAAGAAGAGUGGAGGGCCAGCAAGUGAAGUAGCACUGAACGAAGCCAGGGGUUCAGAUGACACUGCUGCGUCCUGCUCACAUUCUCUGUCUCCUGGCAUGCUCCAGCCUCAAGUGGAGUUAGAAGGAAGGUAGAGGGGCUCUCCUCAGGAUUUUGGUGUUUUGGCUAACACCAGUUCCUGCCAGCCUCCAUUGCCACCACCUUUCCUUCCAGGCCCUAAGCACGUGCAGCAAAGCACACCACAGCACCUUUGAUAACCUCUCUCCAUCCUGGGCCUGACGACCUGCUCUAGACUGUUAUAGAGGGAUAAGCAGCUCAUUCCCCUGGUUCCUAAUAAAAAGCCUUUAAAUGGUU